AUGUCUCAGACUCCGGCUUCUACGCCAUCAAGAGCUAAAAACCUUCCUUUGAUUGUUGAUAUAGCAAUUGGCAAUGAUGGGAAGCAGCUUUAUCAAGUUCACGAAUCUGCCAAAGGCGAAGUUAAAGACAUGCCCAGAUCAUCAACAGGGUUUGAAAAAGCUGCCGAAGUUGGUAGUCAUGAUUCAAUGUAUAAUACGCAACCAAAUGGUAGCAAUGCUACUACCACUGUCUACAGCAAUAUGACCUCAGAUGGAAAUGGCCCAGUUAAAUCUGAUUUAGGCUCAGCUCCUGACGACGUUGGAAAUCUAGAUCUUGCCUACUCGGAAAGCAUGUCUGCUAUUGACCAAUACAAGCAAGACACAAAUGACCACCCCAACCAAAACUAUCAUUCUUCGAUUACGGACACCAAACUACCAAUUACUGUUAAGAAGGAAAUAGAUAACUUGAGUCCCACUAGCUUGGAACGUGAACCUGGUACUUAUCAUAAUCCGCCACAGUACUAUCCGUUUCAAUCUCAGGGCCACUCUCAUGAACCUGUCAGUUCCUUUCAACCACCACACCCACCACCACCACAAACAUAUUUCUAUGAUUCUGAAGCAAUGGAUGGCCACGGUCCACAUCAUGGAAACCCUAUGAUUGCUUCUGGUACUUCUGAUUCCAUGCCAAUUGAAUAUCAUGUCUCUAAUGCAGCUGAAGAUCUUGCCAACAGUGGUCUGCUAUUAGAUAGUGCUUCUAAAAUUCCGGAGAGUGAUAUUUGGUCUGAAGAUGUUUCCGAAGCAUUUGAAGAAAUCCUUGCUAUCAUCCCUAAGAAUGGCUUGAACAAAAUCAAAAUCAGUGGCCGAUCUUGUGGUAGAAACGAAUUGAUCUCAGACUACAUUCUAACUAAAACAGGUAAGCAUAGGUCCAGAAAGCAAGUUUCUUCUCAUAUUCAAGUGAUUAAGAACUUGGGUCAGAAACAGAACAUAAUCAAAUUGAUCAAAGAUGGACCCGUUUUCAAUACUGAAGAAGAAAGAAUUGCUAACUCCAAGAAGUUUGAGGCAAUCUUUUCCAAGAUCAACCUUAAUAAAUCUUUGGGGUUGAAUGGCGACUCUUUAAAAGCACCAGAAAAUUCCUCAGUUGUUGGCCUGGGCUAUUCUAGAAAGAGAUCAUAUGAACAACUAUCUACAACGGCUACAACUGAUAAAAGACAAAAGUCUGCCCCCAUUAGACAAUAUGCUAUAUCCAACUUCUUCAUUUCUCUCUAUGACGAUUACAAUUCAAGUCCAAUCACACUUUGCAUUCAGAAGGACAAUAGUGAAUUCAAGAAUUUAAAAUUGAAAGGCGACGCAAACAUAUCUACCAGAUUCCCGGGGUUAUUACAGUUCCAAGAUAAUAACAUCCCCAUUAUUCAUACCAUGGUUAACUUGAAAUACCCAACCCAGGUUGCUAGUCCAGAAUUCUUUGAAAAAGGAUUAAAGACGAAUAUCUCUGUUCAAGAACUCAAUUAUGGAGCUGGUGGUUCCGACGGAGGAGCUUUAUCGAUAUUUUCAUCAGUUUAUUCAUAUGGAAAUGAAGUUCUCAAGUUCAAUGAAGAAAACUUUAUGCUUGGAAAGAAUCAUCCAUUUUUGCAUAAAUUCUGGCUGUUUUAUUUAAGCAAGUUAGUUGGAAAAUCUGAUGAAGAUAUUGCAAAUGCUUUGAAGAGUCUUACUAUCAAGCAAGUAGCAUUUUCUCCCUCUAAGAAACAGGCAAAUUCAGGCAUAAUUUCCAAACUGCGGAUUAAGGCCGUUCUUCUCUGGGAAUUUGCAAGUGCUACUGACUUAAAUGAUGCUACAACAGUCUCUACUAAGUUACUACUUCCAAGUGCCGAAUCACUGCCUCUAAACUAUAACCACGGGGGGCAACCAUUACCGGUGGCACAUCAGUUCUCUCCAGAACCCCCAAUUACACAUCAUCAAGGAGAUAGUGGGGUUAUGUCCCUUCCAUCAGCAACUGAAUAUUUACCUGUAAAUUCUAAUGUACCUGGCAAUCCUAAUUUACCUGGUGGUGUCAAUUACACUACUGUCCCUACAAGUUAUGGACCUCCAGAUUCAGCAACUGCAUAUCAAGAACAACCAUUAGGAGGACAUCAAGGGAAUAAUCAAUUCCAGGUACAAUCAAAGUUCCAGAAUCUCCAAGAAGUUGCAAACCAAAAUCUUUCUACAAGAUCUGCUAGUUAUCCAAUGGUGCAACCAUCAGUUCAAAAGCAUUUACAUAUUCCAUUACAACCUCCUCCUCCUCCUCCUCCCAUACCAGCCCAAACUUUACAGCCACAAAUGAUUCCGUCUUUUGACAACGUUGCAACUAUGCCAAUCGGUGGACUGAACGACCUUCAUCGGUAUCCACAUCCAUCAGCCAAAGUAGACUUGAUGACCACUGCAAUUCAUCAUAAGAAAACUCCUGGUGGAUAUCCUCCAAUGCAUUUGACGGAAACCAAUGCCCUUCAACCUAUAAUUCAAGAGGAGGGUUCCUAUCAAUCCCCUCCACUUAAAGAGCCGCCUCACAAUUUAGGUGAAGACGGAUCUGGCUACAAGCCAGUCUACUAUCCAGAUACAUAUGUGAGUGACCUCUCGUAG